UCGUUGUGGAGCCGGAGGGGCCGCUCGCGCGCAUGCGCGGGCCCAGGCGAGUGGCCGUGACGCGCGGACGCGCGGGCCGGGGGCGCGAGCGGGAGAUCGUUGGGCCGUUGGCGCCCCUUCCCCCCACUUCCGGUCCCGUCCCGGUCGAGGCGAAGGCAGGAGGAGGCCCCAGAGCGGCCAUGAAGGCAGGAGCGACAUCCAUGUGGGCUUCCUGCUGCGGGUUGCUGAAUGAAGUCAUGGGGACAGGAGCGGUUCGUGGCCAGCAGCCUGGAUUCGGGAGUGGAGCAAACCCCUUUAGAUUUGCACCAAGCACGGACUUCACUGUCUAUUCCUCUGCGGCAGCAACAGGAACGAACCAAGUCUGUAAAUCUUGUGGCCUUUCCUUCUCCGUAUUCAGGAAAAGGCACGUGUGUUGUGAAUGCAAGAAAGAUUUCUGUUCCAUGUGUUCAGUCUUGCAAGAGAACCUCCGUCGAUGCUCCACCUGUCAGUUGUUGCAGGACACGGCAUUCCAGCGGCCGCAACUGAUGCGUUUGAAAGUCAAAGAUUUGCGCCAGUACCUGCUCCUUAGGAACAUCCCAACAGAUACAUGUCGAGAAAAGGAAGAUUUGGUAGACCUAAUCCUGUGCCAUCAUGGAUUGGCUUCCGAGGAGGAUACGGACAGUAGCAGUUUGUAUUCCACACGAUCACAGACUUCCAGUUUUUCUACCCAUCCCGUUUCUCUGUCUGGAUCUGUGUCCUCCUCUCAGGGAGACCUUGUCAAUAGGCAGGAAAAUACAGGAAAUGAAGUGCAGUUACAGGGGCCAAGCGAGAGGCUCUCGGCAGAUCUUGGCGCAGAGGAGGACCUUGCAGCACAAGACACUCCAGGGCAGUCCAGGAAGCGGGCCAGGGCCUCGCUGUCUGAUAUUUCAAGCCUGGACGAUGUUGAAGGGCUGAGCGUUCGGCAGCUGAAAGAAAUCCUGGCUUGUAACUUUGUCAAUUAUUCGGGAUGUUGUGAAAAAUGGGAGUUGGUAGAAAAAGUCAGCCGUCUCUACAGAGAGAACCAAGCAAAUCAUAGGCUGCGAGAGAAGCCUCAGCUGAAUGACGAGGAUGACAAUCUUUGCAGGAUCUGCAUGGAUGCGGUGAUUGACUGCGUGCUACUGGAGUGUGGUCACAUGGUCACUUGCACCAAAUGUGGCAAGCGCAUGAGCGAGUGUCCAAUCUGCCGCCAGUACGUUGUCAGGGCUGUGCACGUCUUCAAGUCAUGAGCGGUUGAGCCCAGAACCGGAAGCUUCCCGCUGCCCUUUUCUCCUGAGACGGGGUGCAGACCACCAGCACGGUUACGUGGGGAGGCUCUGGAAAGCCUCUGUUCCAAUUAAUUCAUAGCAUCCUGACCAGAAGCUUAGGAGCUUGACCAAUGUAUUUCUGCUUUGGCAGUCAGAUGCCUCUUAAGGAUAGAGCUGUGUGAACUGGAUUUUUUUUUUAAAAAGGCAGAAUCAGGUAGAGUCAAACUUGCAGCAGGAAACCCAAUGCUCCAGAUUGCUCUCUUCUGAAAAAUAGCACAAAAGCAGAGGAAGGCUGGAGGAGCAGCAGGUUUGCCUUCCCAGAGAGCAACAGGAUGGAAGCAGUGUCUUCCUAGGGGGAUUUAAUACCCCACAUUCCUCUUUGGAUGGAAUGAUACCUAGCACAUACCAUCCCAAGCCGUGGAUGGGCCGGGGAAAUUCUUUUGAGGGGAUGGGCAGAGCAGUUCUUGUGCCAAUUACCCAGAAUGUCACCCCGUGCAUAUCUGGUGACAUACAGUAGCCUUAAUUGAAACAGUUGAAAGCCGCCCUUUGGAGUGUGCAUCAGAGAGAGUGAGCAAGUGAGCCAGUUUGUAUCUCAGUUCUAAGACCCUAGAAAUGUCCUCAGAAUCAGCACUGGGAAAUUGAAUAGUUGAGUUUACGUUCUUUCUCACCUUGAGAACAUUUACCAGGAAUUGCGAUCUUGCUUAUUUAGCACCCGCUGCUUUUGGGGCCCUGAAGGAAGAUCAGUUCUGCCGAGGUCUUUCCUGUUCAGCAACACAUUUUGCAGAAGCUCCAUGGCCUGCAGGGCAGUGACUUCUAGAAGAUUUGUAAUACUAAAAUGACUGGGAGAGAGCAUGGGAGGAGUGAAAGGCCACCAAAACUUGUAUCCUGCCAGGCAAAAUCCUUUUGCACAGAGUAUAUGAAAAGUGGAGCUGUCUUAGAGCUUGGGUGCAGAGUAUGAAUUUCAGUGUUUGCAGAAAGGCUCCGAAAAUGGGGGGGGGGACUUUCAUAUCUUAAAGUUGACAUUUUUCAGAAGGGAGCAAGACAUUAUGGCUUUAUUUUUAGAAAUAUCUCUAAGGAUACCGAGUAGAAAAUCAAGUUGUUCAGGGGAUACAUGCAUAAUUGAGAAUGUAGCAUAUCCAUAACAUUCUGAGUAAUGGCUGACUUAAUAAACAUUUCAUUAAUUGGC